AUGAUGACUAACACAAAACAUGUCCUGAGGUCGGCAAUUCAGAUGAUCCACGCUAUAUCAUACCGCUUCUGUUGCGACGCGAACUUACCUAGCUUGAGAAAUCAAGACCACUGGUGUGAAACUCUACAAUCUUCUGCAAAUUGCGCAAUAGGCGACAUGGAAAAUUCCGACAUACCUGACGUAAGGAUGACCUCCAUCCCUCUAGACUGCAGUCCAACUGACACUAGGCGCUCCCAGCCUGCAAAUGCAGGUGCAAAGUCCAAGAGUUUCCCCCUCGACGGUUGCGACAUUUCCCAGGUGUCUGACGAAACCUUGACUACACUCUUUGACACUGCACCGGCUCUCCAUUCUUAUGAAGGGACACGCAUUGUGCAUGUGUCACACGCGUUAGUCCUCAAGGGCGGUAUAGGUGCACGGCCAUCUGAGGCCAACAUCCUCAACCUUGUCGCCGAAUGUGAUGGAUCAGAAACAAUCCGAGUGCCUAAGGUCUACCGAGUUCUCAAUAUUGAACCAGAUGAAAUAUACGGUUACAAAUGCAUAAUCCUUCUGGAUUUCAUUGAUGGCGUUUCAGUUGAGCAAUGCUGGGGUGAUUUGAAACAAACUGAGCGUAUGAAUGUUGUCUCUCAGGUUGCUUCAAUGAUAACUACUCUGCGCUCUAUUCCGCUAUCUCAAGAGCAACAGGAUCAGCCUGGCCCAGUGGGCUGUGAAGGUUGUGUAGCUCAUGGGUACUGGUUUACCGAUAUUGGAGCUGGUCCGUUCAGGUCAAAGGAACAUAUGGAAACUUGGUUCAACCGCCGACUUGACAUCACCAAGAAAUUCCACCAGGCGCCCAAUGAUGUCCCGCUGUUUCACUUUGACAAACUGGUUCUCACUCAUAUGGAUAUUGCACCCCGUAAUUUGAUAUUAGGCUCUGAUAGAAAGGUUUGGUUGAUUGACUGGGGCGACGCUGGGAUAUACCCUGAUGGAUUUGAGAUCGCCUCACUCAAAGCACGGAGAUUCGAAUCACCGGAGUAUACUGAUAUGUUACUUGAAAUACUUUCCAAUAUGAUUCCGGAACAUGAGGAGCUACUUCAGCAGCUAAGGUCAAUUGCAUUUGCGUUGACUACUGGGCAGUGGUUGGGGAGGGAAAGAUUGGACUUUGGUCAAAUUUAG